AGUUCAAGUCAGCUCUCCUCGAUCCUAAGACGUUCGGCAUAGGGCGCGCUCGGUGGUCCGCUUAUUCAAAAUUCAAAAUCUAUCUAAAAAAAAAACAUUUACACCAUCGUGGCGCAUUUAGUCCAGGACUUUCUUUUCUUUCGGCACAGACACAUUUUGGCGCGUUUUUUAACCAAUUCAUCGUGGACUUGAAUUUUUUUUGCCUCAAUUCUUAUUCAAUAUCCUACAGAGAAAUAUUUCUUGUGGCAUUUUUUAGUGUGAUUCACAAAACCGUGUGGUCAGUGUUUGUUCUUUACAUUAUUGUAUUUUCUUUUAUAAAAAAAGUGAAAGUUUUUCUUUGAAAAUUUUUUUUCUUAAGGAAAUAUUUUUCUUUUUUACUCAUCGUGAUUUUAAAAGAAGUCUAAAAUACAUUACGAAUGCACAGGUGAAUCCUUGUCGUGUGUAUGUGUGUUUAACAAGUUCCAUCCACAUUUUAAAAAUAAAUAAAAGAAAAAACAACAUCUCAAGGAAAAGAAUAUAGACUAAAAAAACAGAUUUUAGUAAAAUUCUAUUAAAUAAAAAUUCAAGUUAGUUUAAAGAAAAUAGGAUUAAGGAGAAAAGAAACCUCCCUCUUCCACCACAAAAAAAUAGUUAAGAAUUUUUUUCGUGGUAAAGAGUAACAGGAAAAAAAACAAGCUACAGGAAGUGAAUUGUCGUGUGUGACUCAUGUGUGCAAGAAUUGUGUGUAGUAGGGGAAAAAAGAAAUUGUGUAAAAAAAUUGUCGUGCGUGUAACAGCUGAUUUUUCCUAUACAACACUUCAAGUUUAGUUUCCUCACAAAUUUCCACGCUUUUCCCAACAUCCGCAAACUUACUGCACACACAACGGAUGAAAAGUGAUUCAGGAAACUCCCACUCACGUGUUAAGUGUGAAAGGAGUUAAGUGUGUGAACAAAACCAAAAAGUUCUCUUAUACAAGAAACAGAGACGAUCUCAUCCCCUACUCAAUUAUCCAAGAGGAAAUCCAAAUAAAGUGAACAAUUAAUUUGAGGUGGAAACAACAAUUUUGAGAAAAUUUAAGUAGAGAGAUCUGGAGUAAUUUUCUUGGAAGACGUUCGCGUUGUUAUGAUUUACAGGUUGUAAGGAAAAGGAAGUACAAUCAGUAGCAAUGAAUUCGGAAGAGCUUUACAGCCUCCGGUGGAAUAACCACCACAAUCACAUGGUCCACGCAUUCAAUGCCCUCCUGCAGACCAAGACUCUUGUAGAUGUAACUCUUGUUUGUGCAGAGACAAGUAUAAGGGCUCACAAGGCCGUCCUAUCGGCAUGCUCGCCUUUCUUCCAGCGCGUCUUUGCAGACACUCCGUGCAAGCAUCCCGUCAUUGUACUGAAAGACUUCAAUGGAUGGAUUGUUCAGGCCAUCAUUGACUUCAUGUACCGCGGUGAGAUUCGCGUGUCGAAGACGCACGUGCAGACACUUAUACAGGCCGGGGAGUCACUGCAAAUUCGUGGCUUGGCUGACUUUGGGGUAUCAGAGAGUUUUCCCAUACUCUUCGCCUCAACUCCGGAGGAUAUUGACAUGGGUACAGAUACAUCAGCAAUUCUCUCACCUGCUAGCCCGGAAUCCGGAUCAAGUCGCAAUACGGCUCAACUGCACAAGCUUCUCGUUUCACCGGAUAGCUUCCUAGAUACGGUGGAUAAUCUACAGAAUUCUGAUGCGUACGCAACGAAUUUGCCAAGGAGAAAGCAAGCACGGCCAAGAAGACGAUCAGGCGAGGAAUGUACCCCGCAGGAUUUGAGUCAGAAAAUGCAAGAUAUUGAUCCACUGCAAAGUAGAUUGAGUGGUGAGAAGAAUGACUCAGGGAUGCAUAUUGAUAAUCAUCAGGGGCCCUCAAGUGCCCCACAGACCCCACCACAGGGUGCUAUGAAUUCCCAAAUUCACUCCCCAGAACGCACAGAUGCCCCCGAAAAUCUGUGCACGAGAUCAACAACACCACGUUCCAGCGAGGAGCGUAGUGGUGAGGAGGAACAGAAGCGGGAUGUACCGGGGAAUCUCAACAACAACGGCAUCCUCUUCAGUCUCAAGGAUCUCAAUUCAUGGAGCCAAUCCCCAUUUGCCAAAUGCUGCCAGAUGCUUCCAAAUCACCUCCCACCGCAUGGACUGAUGAUUCAAACUGCAGACUCACCACCUGGACAGCAUGAACCAUCUGAGUCGGAUGAGGGGGCUCCCGAGAAGAUGGACGAGAGCCCGACGGAUGACAAUACGGCGGAGGGUAGAACACCGACGGGAGGUACGCCAUCGGCUGUGAAAUACGAAGAACAAAAUGGCACAAAUCUCCUUCCGGCAGCGGGGCUACCUUUUCCACGGCUCUCGUCCGUGUCAUCGCUCUCCUUCAGCCCACCCCACAUUUUUGGCAUGGAAGCUCCACCAUUGGGACUCUUUCAGCACGCCGCGGAAUCAUCGAGACUCUACGGAUCAUCACUGCCGGUUGAUCAGCGCAAUCUCCACAGCAAUCCACCGAAAUUUCUCAAGAAAAAAUUGACCCGACCAAAAGGUCAACACUCAGCCCCUCGUGGUGGUCCACCGAGAUCAUGGACAAAUGCCGAACUAACUGAAGCCCUUCAGCAUGUGUGGAACAAGAAGAUGACCACAAGUCAGGCAUCCCGAAUCUUUGGUAUCCCCUACAAUUCGCUCCUUAUGUAUGUUCGCGGUAAGUAUGGGAAGAGUUUGAAGUUGGAAAAAUUGCGGAAGGAUUGCAUAAGUGGGCCACCCAUUGAGCUGCUCACAAUGGGUAUUUGUGGCAAUAACAACAACACCUCCAAGAAGGCCAAUCAGAAUGCCAGCAACCAUUCAGAACGAGAGCCAAAUGGUGGUGGUGCAAAGGAUACCGGCGGAGGUUCAUCGAAUAGCACAACUGGGGGGGCACUACUGAAAAUCCCACCACCACCGGGUAGUAGUUCACCCCUGCCGCCGGAUGCUGAACUCGCGGCGGCAGCUGCUGCUGCUGCGGCUGCUUCACAUCCCAAUCUCAUGUUUGGCUCCUUCUCUCCCGCCUUCUACCCUGACUUCUCAUCAGCCUUCCCCGGGCUACCGCUUACAAUGCUAAAUCUCCUGCCACCACCUCCACCGCCGCCACCACCAACAGAUGAUCCCGCCAAAUCACCACCGCCCACGUCGCAGUCCUUUAAUCACCAGCACGAACCCAAGGAUCUGCUGGAGCGACAUUGACAGGAGCAACAGAAGUUCAUGUCACUCCCCGAGAAUGCCAUUAAGAUGCUGUAACUAAUGCAACCGCUUCAGUUUAUUCAUCCCCUUGGGAUCUCCCCAGCAUCAUGGGGCUCGUGCAGUCCCCUUCUGGACUAGUUCAUGGUAGGCUCUCCAUCUUGAUGUUUCCAUACUGCGAAUUUUCUUCUGCCGCCACCUCUGCAGACAUUGAGAUCAAGGGGUGAAUAGCUGAAUGUGGGAGUGAUUAUUUAUUUAGGAAUGAAAAGAAAAUAGUGCAAUAUUUUAUUAUUAUAAUUUUGGUUGUGGCUUCUAAGUCCUCAACCUACGUGACUUUAUUGAGCCAAUGAGUUUUUUUUUUCUUUUAUGCACUCAUUAAUAAUUUUGGAAGAAAGAAAAACUUUUAAAAAAAUCAAACAGACGAGAUAAAGCUAAAUAGCCUCACGUGAGAGAAAAAGUUAAAGGACAUAGAGGAGUUUAUCUGCUUCCUUUGGGGAAAAUCAUCUCAUUUGAGGGAAUAAUCAGUAACUGGGAUCAACUGUAAAAUAUCUUCACAAAAAUUUUCUCAUAAAAUUUACAUAACGGCGUGUGUUCUUCAGAGUAUGAAACAUACAACAAUAAUCAUUGAUAAAACAUUAACGUAAAUGUUUCAUGCAUUGUAAGGAAAAAAUUAUAAUAGUGACGUCAUUUAUUGCAUUUUAUGGGUAAAUAUAAUUGGCUUUUUUUCAGACAGUUCAUAGACCAAAAAAUCUUAAGCUUUUUAAGCUAUUAGUUAUUAUUUUUUUUAAUCCUUUACAAGAUUUAGAUUAUCUUAACCCUUUAACGUCCAACGUGAAACAUAAAAACAUUGAAACAUGCGCUCUUUUAUCGCGAUUAUUAUUCUAUGAAUUUUUUUUAGAAUACUUUUCUCACUCAGAACGUCUUCUUUGACCCCUUAUGCGUGAAUUUGAUGCAUUUGCAACAUGGAAAAACAAUUACAUUCAUAAAUAAUUGAAAAAAAAUGUUUCACGUUUGGGUCAGCGUAUGACCCAAAAAACAUUAAAGGGUUAAUUGGCUCGACGAAUAUGAAGUAGAGGUUUUUUUUAAUACAAAAUUCAAGUAAGCUCCUUUUAAAUCAUUAAAAAACAUUUAAAUACUUAAUGAAAAGAAAGGAAUUUUUCAAUGUAAAGUGGAUAAGCUCCUUUUCUAACUUUCUCUACUGUUAUUGUGAAAUUUUUCAGCAUUGAAGUGCUUUUGAAUUCUACAAUAAAAAUCUUUUGAUUUGUUAUUGUUCCAUUUGACUAAAAGAAUAUUCUAAAAUGGAAUAUAGGCAAUAUAAUUGGUAGAAUAUUUCUGAUAAAGAAAAAUUUAAAAAAAAAAAUGUGAUCGAUCUCCAUAAAGGCAUGAACUUGAGAGAAUUAUAAAAUUAAUUUUAUUAAAAAAAUCAAUAUUAAUGAGCUGAAGUAAACCAUUGAAAUUCUCUCCAAGAACGAUGUGUUCUAAUAUAAAACCCCUUGACGUUAAUGCAAAAUUAAUAAACAGAAACUUUUUUUUGACUCUCUACAACACUUUUAGUUGUUCGUACAUUUUAUGUGAUAUUUUGUACCUUUUUGAGUGAUUUUUUUUUAAAUCUCAAGUCUUUGCUUUCCCUUUUUCACCUCUUUUUCCCUACUCAACCAACCAUUAAUGUGGAAGGAAAGUCUUCAUGGUAGAUCCAAUUUUAUCAUUCAUUUUUUUCCCAACUUAUUUUGUUCUUCUACACAUUUUACUCUCCUUUUCCCUCCGCUAUUCCCUUUGUGUGAAGUAAAUUCAAAAGACUGCAAUGCUUUCUCAAUGUUUUAUUCAAACUCCUAGUAUGACAAAGAUGAGCAUUUUGUCUGUACGAGGAUUUUUCUCAAAUGAAUUUUUUAAACUAUGCAAGUUUAUUCAAUUAUAAAAUUAAAUUUUGCAUUUUGGGGUUGUGGCUACAAGAAAAAUAGAACAAGUGAGUAAAAGUGAUGAUGAUACAAAGAAAAAAAAUUAAUAAAAUGUGCAAUUUUUAUUUAAAGAUAAAAUAAAAAAAAAAUUAAAAUCAAUGUGAGUGUUGAAUUUGAUAUAAAAGCCAUAGAGGGACAAACAAAUAAGUAUUAAAAAGAAAAUGUGUAAAAAAUAAGAAUUUAAAAGAAAUAAUGUUGUAUAUAUUAUUUUGUACAGUUACUGUGUAAUAUAAAUUAAAACAAAAAAUAGAUACUAAAAACUAUAUGUGUAAAAGAAUAAUUCUAACUUUAAAAUAAAAUAAAUAAAUAAAAUAAUACAGCAGAUGUGACAAAAAAAGAAGUCUGUAGAAAUUGUGAAAAGAAUUUCUCAUUUAAAAAAAAUGCAACACAAACAAGGAACUCAAAUGGAUUUAAUCAAUUUUUUGAACUCUAAAAUAUAAUAGUAAUUGAAACUAAUACAGAGUAAUAUGUCUUGUACCUCAUGUAGAAAAAAUACAAAAAUAUAUAAACAAAGAGAAAAA